AAGGAAACAACGUGAAUGAAGCAGAUGGCUAGGUGUAGUGUAGUCAUGAUACCGAAAAUGUCGCCACUCAAGGCAUCUUCAGCGUGGUCAAAGAUCCACGACGUGCUGGAUGCAGCACAAGAACGAUAGCGGCUCGCUUUAGAAGAUAUUCUUUAUUUAGUUUCGAAUUUUUGCCGGCAGUCGAUUUCUUUACUUAGGGUAUCGUCGAUACUGCACUUGGAUGAACAGCCAGUAGCGGAAGCGGAGCAACAAGAUGCAGCCCGCGGAAAUCGUGACGUUCGAGCUUCGGCGACUCGGGGAGCUGAGCGUUGGCAACGCCGCUUUGUUGAAUGACAUGGAGUACCAGUUGAAGUUGACUCGUUGCAUCAAUGGGCUAGACAGUGGCGGAGCUAUACUGAGUAACAACCACGGUUUUCUCUCGGAUCUCCUGUUGGUUCUCAUCCGUGGCAUUCGCGCGUUCGCGGAUGAGUACUCUCUGUAUCUCGCAGGCGUUCCGCCGGAAAGUGGGAUUUUAGCUGGUGUGCCGGUCCCCGAGUUGUUUGACAAGAAUGUAAUUGGAGCAGCCGAUCCGCAUGGAGCCGACAGAAGUUUCUCACAAUCCUCAUCGCGAGUCGAUCGGAUUGUUUUGCUGCCGUUUUUGUGCCUCUUCAACUUGCUCGCGGUUGUCUUCGAAAAGUACGUAGGCCCAACAUUUUCUUCGCGGGCUACGAUCCACGGUUUGGUUUCCGAAGAGGGGCAGACCCUAAACGGCGAAGUUGUGGAUGUCACGGCGUUCGAUCCAACGAGCGGGCGCUUUUGUGUCAAAUUCAGGACAGACAGCAAAGAGGGAGGACAACAUGGCGGUAAGGGAAAACGUAUCAAUUAUGACUACAGGAGUUUUUUGUUCUUGUGCUCAACAAGUAGACUAAGACCAUGGGUUUUUGGCACAACUUUCUCUACAUACACGUUCUUGUACUUGUUCGUAAACAGAUCCCCCCAAAAAAGAUCCAAAGUUGUUCCAAAGUAACCGGAUGAUGAUGAUGAUGAUAAUUUUUUCCUGAUUGGCAUCAAGCGGUGGCGCAACUAGAUCAACUAAUAGCGAGCGCCAACGUGUACGAGCACUUCAAGUACAGGGUCUUCAGUAAAGCUCUACCUUAUUAUUGUUCUUGUACUUGUUCGUUACUGUUUGUUGAUCCUAUAUAUCAUAUUGUUUCUUGAUUGGGUGGUGUAGUGGAAGUUGGAAGUGGUCUAAAUCGAACCGGAAAACUUGGAGAUGCUACGGUCAAGUCCGCACUCCUCGAAGGAUAGUACGGCAGCGCCGUCCGCUGACGAGGAAGUAGAGGUGAAGAACAUGAUGGCCGUCAAUUGCUUGGAAAGCCUUUCUGCGGCUUUUGAUUUAAGGCUAUCAAACACUUCUUACCAACAACUGUGAAGAUGACAACGUAGGUACUCCUCCACCUGCUUGCAUGAUUACGCUACAAGCAACUAUUGUUCCGGAUCCUCAUAGUUCAAGUUCAUGCAAGAAGCGUGUUCAUAUGCAUGAAAAUAAGCUCUAAAUCAUUUCCUUGUGUCAACCCUUUGCCUGCAUGUGUCUGAAGAGGCACUCCCAGUGGGACGACAAGUCUGUCGAGCAAUGUGGCGAUCUCUGGUUGCUUGUCUGGGUAGAACUCUGAGCGCUGCAGAACUCUUUGAGCUUACAGGGUGCGACGUCUUCAAUUGCUGCCUAUUCUCCAAGCUGGUGCUUGAGGCUGGAGUUAAGGCUAAUGGAAUGAGUUUCGCGUUAGUACUUGCUCUUAAGUACCUAUUUAGUUACAACGCAGACGCUUACUGAGGUUAUUUGACAUCAGAUAUUCUUCAAGAUUUUUUCUUGCGUAACUGAUAACUGAUUGUUCUCAUUGACUGCAAUAUUUCUAAUAAACACGUUGAGAUAGCAGGAGUGCUUGCUACACUAUCCUCCGAUACACAAGCGGAAGCUAUGUUUACCCUGUCACGAGCAGGCGUCGCAAAGACUGAAUGUAUGGUACGUCAAAUUUUGCAAAAGCUAAAAUUUUUACCGCGGGCACGGACGGACUGUCAUCGGAUUCCUUUGUUAUUUAUCGUUUCGACCCUCAGAAUCAGUCGGACGAGGAACUACGCCCAGUAGAGCAGCUUUGUAGUCGUUCUUGUUGAACCAUUUUACUUCACCACUGUCGCUGCCGCUGGUCGCUCCUCGACAAACAAAUUCAAAUUUUGUAACUACUUAGUCCUGCUAACCUCCUAGAACUAGAACUAGUGGUCUGCCUCUGUGACUGUGACUUGCACCUUUUUUGCCCUUGCUCCCGUUUUCUUCAACGUUGUUGCACCGGGUGCGAGCACGUCGGGAGACGCGGCGUCGGCUGUUGAUGCCGCAACGAUGAACGUGUGGGAAGGAUCAGUGUCCGAAGGUGAGGCCUUUCGACGCAAGGUCGCCAUAGCUUUCGUAAGCAUAGACUUGUUGCCUGUGGUGACCAUGGUUUUUUAGGACAAAAACUAGAAGAUACUUAGACAUCAACUUACAUCACAACUUCUAGGAUCAAUUACAAUAUGAUGUAAUUGUGAUACCUUCUUUUCCUUCUAGUAGAUCUAGUUCUAUACCUUGUCCUCCCAGACUUAGUUCUACUAGAUCUUUUUUUGAUCUGUUCAUCGUCCUCCUCUUGUUCGAACGUCGCUCCUUGGCUUUCUAUUUCUGGCUUUCGAUUUGUUUCUGGCUUUCUAUUUCUUCCUCGGAACAAGAAAAGCAAAAGAUUCUACUUCUAAUGUCUUCACAGCGCUUACGAACGCGACCUUCAACAAGUACCUUCGAUGAGCUUUUCCGCAGCACUCGAAAACGUCUUACCUAAUAGUGAAGCCCUACUCAGCUUGUCCGGGAAGCGACCCCGAUCCUCGUACGUGAGGUUGAUGGCCGCGGGUUGCUCCAUCAUUUAUGGGUACAACGGGUCACGUGAACUCAUUGCUAACAGGAGCACCAUGGGCAACAUCUUUAGUUAGGAGUUGUUAGGUACCAGUUGUAGUUGAAGUUGACAAGGAAACUAGCUGAGACUACUGGAACUACAGGAGAAUAGAGAACGAAUAACGAUGUCCUGAUGAUGAAGUAUAAAACAGUAACAGAUCAUGGAUACGUCUAAAGGAUCGGUUUUCUUUCUAGGCGUGCAAGUGAGGGCGAGACCAAAGUGAAGCGGCAUUUGCAGCUGCACGCGCGCGGUUUUGUUCGCCAGCUUCUGGAGCGACUUCUGGGACCCCACUUCGACUGUUGGACCGGAGAAGAAACCGAGUGGAUCCACUGGGACGAACUCAACGUGAUUUUGGAAGGACUUUGUCGUUUAAAAGUGCUUUUGCCACAUUUAAUCGACGACUACGGUGUACCUGAUUGGGCGCCCUAUAGAGUCGAUCAUCUCCCAGCACGAAGUCUUUUUCUGGUGAUGCGACCCUUGGAUUACGAACGGACCGGCAGCGAUCCCAGCGAAAUGAAUACCAGCGCCGAAGAAAUAGCUUUAAGGGCCUCGAAAAAGAUUAGGAUUUAUAGUAACCCAGUAGUAGUUUGUGUCAUACAUGAUAAAUGUAUGUGGAAGGCGAAGGAAAUUAGUAUAAGAGAAAUAAGUAUCUAGCUAACUACGAUAGCAAGAACAAUAGCAACUACUUGAUAAGCAGAUAUUAUCAAGGAGGGGAAUACGAGUAGGGGUUGGAGUUCUUUGAAAAUAUGAUCGACUAGACCUAGAGAGCUCCUCUAAUGCCAGGAGCCAGGGAAGAGCUAAUGCAACGGUUUUUUGAUGUGGAGAACCAGGCCUUGUCCUUCGCUGGCCAUGAGGAUGCAAACUUCGAUGUCGGUAGAGAGCAAGUCCGCUUUUGGAGCACACUGAGGGGGCUGAUGCAUGCAGCGGUGGACAAGAAGCGGAUGCGGCAGGAAGCGCUUUCCUUAUGGCUGGGAGAGAUGUAUUGCUACACUUUCUUCAUGAUCUUCACGGGUAUCAGCACGAACGUACGACGAAUGCGACCAAAUAAAAAUCAUAAGUAUAAACGUUUUCAUAUUCCGGUGGAGCGCUGCAGAAUCCGGAACCGUACUGGUGGCCAGUGCUGACCGAAAUACUGCGUGAGCGACAGGCCACAAUGGGGGAGCCUUUUGGAGCUGCUGACUUUGGCCGGCAGGAUUAUACGACAGCAGAGGGAGGCUCAUCCGCAGAAAGCUACUACGAGGGAGAAGAGGAAGCACUUAAACUGUACUUGAUGAAGUCGGAUUCAAAAAUUUUUACGUAGUUAAUAUCAUCAUUGAUAUGUGUAGCGUGGUAGUGCUCAGGAGAAGGGACAUAUGGUUUCUUCAGGAGAAGGGACCGACUGUAACUGAAAAGACUGAAGAUUUUAAAAUAUAUAUAAAUAUAUUUCUUCUCCUCUUGCGUCUAGGUCUACUUCUAAUAAGUGUGUCAUGCUUUAAGAUGAAAUCUAUCCUUCUAUCACUUGCUCAGGCGAUCAUUUUUUUCUCCUGCUUUCACGUCACCCUAUCUAAAAGGUACUAUACUACACUUCGCCUCUCUCAUUCCUCUCGUCCAGGUCGCGUGGUUUAUUUAGUGUGGAGCGUGAUGGUGCGGCUGAGGAAGAAGAUGAGGACUUGUUCGACUCCUUGGGAACCUAUUACGAGGAGCAACAAGCAAUCAUGAUUAUGAAGAAUACGACCAGGAGCGUUGUUGCGCAUCUCUCUGAGGAACCGGCUUGUUUCUCGACCUUUCAUCAAUGCGUAUCAAGAUCAAUCCGGCAGCUUCCUAACUAACUACAUUAAAUAAUUGCAAAAAGACCAUUGCUGAUGUUAUCUAUGCUGAUGUAUGGUUCUGGUAUUUGGUAACCUGAAUUGGAUCAUAAGGAUUCUCUUCGUGUUUUCCUUAUGAUCAAGAAACUCAGGUUACCAAAUGCCAGAGCCAUACAGCUGAUAAAAAAGGUGGAAUUUAAUAUGGAUGCGAAUGCGGUAGCUCUAACUUGAUGUCGAUAAUCAUGAGUCAGCAAAACUCGCCAGUAGAAUCUCCGCAGGAAGACGACCUGGCAGGAGACCUUCCACCGGUAGAUGACAGUGCCGCAGGCUUCGCAAUGUUAAGACUACCGUUGAGGAGACCGUGCUACGUAUGAUAUUGAUAAAUUACCGUUUGUAGGUACAGGUACUACGUGGUAUACCUCCUAUAGAAGAUACAACUAACACUGGUAGAUCUAGAUUCAGCAUCUUUCAUCGAGACAAGAACUACGAUGCAGCUACUUACUUGGUGGAUGCAAAUUGCGAUUGCCGAGCUAGAUCAUUAUCUAUCAUCUCUUUCUCUCUAAACAUAUCUGGGAUCAUCGGGGGCGAUCAUCAACAAGAAGUGAAGAACGACCUACUGGAUGCAUAUGCUUUCCCUGAACAAGCUAGUGAUUCUAGAGUGCCGCAACUGUCAGACCCAGCCUGCUUAGACCUAGCGCAAUUUCCGAGUGAAGACGCAAGCAUGUUCCCACACGAAAUCGGCAUAGACGAAAAUGGAACUAGUCUUACGUUUUUGGUCGUAAUUCGAUGUUGUUGUUGUAAGAGGUUUCGUUAUUCCUGUUUUGUCGUUGUAAAAAGAGUAGUUGUAGUAGACGUGCUUCUCCACGUCUAUCGAUGAUUGUAUUUUUUAGAAUAAGCUCUUUUCGUAGGAGUGGGUGUUUUUCGCCACGUCUAUUCAUAAUUGAUGGUAUUCAGAAUGGUAGACUCGUCAUAGUCUAGUUGUAGUAUUUCGUCGUGCUCGUGCUCUAACAUCUGACGUGGAGGAAAGCAAUCGCCAGGGACUGAGCAUCGACUGCUCGGGGAGCUACCAUCAUUAGAGGGACCUCGAAAAAAACAUGCAACAAUAUUAAGGCACGUGGAUGACGACGAGUCAUGGAUUCCGGGAUGAAGAGAAGCUGGGAGGUGUCUUCUAUGUAUAAUUUAACUCGUCUACUUUUAGUUCUACUUUCGUAAAUUACUCACUCAUCUUCAAGAACAGGAACUAUAAAUAUGAAGUAAAAUGAUCUACAAACAAGCAAUCGUUCUUCCUGACACUGGUUCUACGCCAUGAUGUAAGAAAGUGGUUUUUUUCUUGAUUGUUCUUUUUCUCCACGUCGACUGCUGCACAUGUCGUUAGACCCAUUAGGUUGAUUCUAAUGUUAGACCCAUUGGCAGAAGGCUAUGAAGGCAAGGAGAGAUCCAAGAAGUCGCUGUCCCGUGAGCGGCUACGGCAAAUCGGCAUUCCCUUGGACGCAUCAAAUUAUGGCACGAGAGGCAUGUAAACAAUAACAAGGCGUUAAUCCGCUAGAAACGGCUGCGUUAAUCCGCUCGAGUAUGCAGGUAAAACUGUGGACGGCGGACUGAAUCCUAAUCCUAAUGAAUCCUAACAAGGUACUUAUAAUGAAAAGUGAAGCUGUUAUACUUCAAUUCAAGAAACAAAUGAAGUACUAUCUAAUGGGUACGACCUCAAUCUAUACUCUUCCAUCACUCUUCUUGUAAUGAAAAGUGAUGCAACCAGGUCGUCGUGUUUCCUCCACCCUCCAUGCGUAUAGUCAUCAGUUGCUAGUAGUUCUUGGUCUAACGAAAUGCACCAGCGCACCUGUUGUGUGAGAUCGACGGUAAGAUCCUAGGUCAGCCUGUCCGGAGUCUCGCAGGACACGUAUUUGAGAAAGGUACCCUUGCACAGUGGAUCGAGCAAAUGUUAAGGUAACUUAGCUUAGCUUCCUUGACUUCUUAGAUACCAUUUAGAUUUGCUUUAUGUAUGUAUGUAUGUAUGUAUGUAUGUAUGUAUGUAUGUAUGUAUGUCAUCUGAUGUUGUUGUUGAUGUUGUAGAAAUGGUUGUUCUUCCAUGGUGCAUCUGCUCCAAUUGUGGUUCGAGCAUGUCCUAUAUCGGAACAUUACUCCUACUUGUUUCAUCUUCUCUAAUUUUUGGUCGAGUAUGUCCUAUAUCGGGAACGCCCUUGAGUCUGGAGGACUGCUCGAGGGAUAAGAAAUUGGAAAUAGAGAUCAAGGACUGGGCUAAUGCGAUACGAAAACAGCAGAAAAACGCCAUGAUUAAGGCUUAAUACAGGAAUCCAUCUUCAGGAGCAUCAUCUUACUACGUCGCCUGUAGUUCCAUUUCCAUAAGGAAAGGGGUAGAAGGGGAAAACGGCUUCAAGAUGCAUCUCGAAUGGCUUCGGGUGAGCUCUAACAUGAAGAAAGCAAAUGCAGCUUCCAAUGCAGACCAAAUGCUAUCACCGGACUUGUCCUAG